GCAUUUUAGUAAAGAUUAUUUAAAUUAUUAAAGUCGUAAAUUAAAAGUCGUUUGGUUUGAAAGCGGAAAAAAUACGGGGAUACUUGUUUAAUCUUAUGUAUAGAUGUUGAAUCUCUAAUGAAUAUAAUUGCUAAAAUCAAUUAUUUUUGUAUCAUAGUUUUUCAUAGAAGAAAAUAAACUACAUCGAGAUUAAUGUAUUCACAAUUAUAAGGUUUUAUGUAAAAAACUUCAAGUUGAUUUUUAUGUAAUGUUCGUAGCUACUCCUAAAGUGCUAAAAUGCCUAUCUUUUUUCCUCUUGUUCAAACAACCUUUAUUUAAAAUAUUUGUGUUACUCUAAUGUGUACGUUGGAGAUUGUAAUACUUUAAAUGUCCUACAUACAUAUAAUUUGUUUAUAAGUAAUAAAUGUGUUGUCAUGUGUGCUCAAAAGCGAGAAAAAGAGAUAGGGAAAGCGAAGUGGAGCGAGUGGAACGUUUUUGUUUAUACAUCUUUUUACACACCAAAACUUUUACAUCGUUUUAAUUAAUCUUAUAUUAUGCCAUGUUGUAAUGCGUAUAAGUAGAAUGAAAAGUGACUGUGUCUGCGUUUACUGAUGUAAACCUGUCGCAAAAUCAUAUUUUAAAUUUUUUCAUUUCUUUUUUAAAGCCCACACGACGAUCCUUCCAUGUCGAUCUACUCGAUUGUCUGUAUAGUCGUGUAAAGUAUAUGUAAGUUUUAUUAUUAUUUUAUUAAUAUAUAAAACAAUUUUGUGUAUAUUUUUUAUUUGUAUUCCUUAAGAUAUUAUUUUUUUGGACACCGCAGGUUUUCGGUAAAAUAGUAUGCGACUCAUCGACAACAAUGAUCAAAUCGAUCUUGAAAGCUCGAUUCACAUUUUUGUCUUACAUUAGCUAAUCUUGCGUGACAUUUUUUCGACAAUAUCGAACGCUGCAGUAUGAUCUUAUGGAUCGACGACCAUUGAGAAAUACAUAUGUAAAUUUUAUGCUGUGUAAUUGAUUCGAUGUAACCAAGUUAUUUAAUUGAGUAAACAUUUCAUACAAAGCUCGAAUGUGUGGCUCAACAUGUUACUUUCCAGUUAUUAUUUUUUCGCACAUUAGAUAAAAUUGUGUAUAGCUAUAAUAUCUAAGAUAUAGCAGCGAGGCUCGAUCAACGAAUGUCGAAGACGUGUAAAUUCUUUAAUGGCAUGAUUAUAAAAACGCGAGAAAACACGGGAAGUCACAAGCGGAUGAAAGCUGUAACGAGAUGCUAUAAUUAGUUUUACAGAUGGAAUUUAUUCUCAUCACCUUUGCCCGAUUUGUAAUACCCACGUUGCCACGCACGUCUACAUUUUUAUUGAGCUUAAUGCGAAACGCAGCCGCUGUCCACUUUACAUGGAAUGCAUCACUUGGUGCGUGAGUGUGGGAGGCAGGGACGAAGUUGAGUAUUGCGUAUUGCGUGGAUUCUAGCGCUCCUAUCGCAAUGUAUAUAUUUCAUUAUAAAUACUGCAUCUAAUUUCUGCAUAUGAGAGGCGAUCAGAUGUGUAACAAAGAUCCGAUGAUUACAACAUCAACGUUCACCUUGUCGUUCUCGAAAAGUUCAAUGCGGCGAACAAAUUAUUAUCUUUUAAGAUAUAUAUAACACUUGUAAAUGUAAAAAACUUAUAAUUUAUAAUUCUACAUCCUUUAUUUUCUUCGCCGCAAUUCUAGCGUAUCCGCGGUUAGAGAGACCGGGAAAACAAGAGGAAAGAGAUAAAAAGAGAGGAAAAGAAGAUCCGUCCCUGAUCGCGCACACAUCUGCGGCUCACGUGCGUGUCGGGAAACUGAGGGAAAGAAAGAACACGAGGGAGGAGAGAGUAGGAGAGAGUGGCAACGGGGAGAGAUGUUAAAUGUGCGUGACAACAGAGAUGAGGAAAUUUCAUAUUCCGGAGAAACGGAAAGAGACUGCCGACGGUCGCUCAUUGAUGAAGAUAGCGUUGUCGUGUACGGUCAGCGAGGACGUUAUCGUCGUGUCCAUUGCAGUCGUGUCCACAACAUGGCAGCGCGCGGGAAAGAGGAGCCAACGAAGCAGCGGUAUCAGGCGAACGCUCGAGAGAGAGAUCGCACGCAUAGACUUGAUACUGAUAGAACGACAACGGGUACACAAUUUGAAGGAACGCGAUCUUCGUUGUGCAGCGUGAACACAGCUUUCAGCGCCUUGAGGACUCUGAUCCCGACCGAACCGGCCGACCGGAAGCUGUCGAAAAUAGAGACUCUGAGGUUGGCCAGCAGUUAUAUUAGCCAUUUGGACGCCAUGCUUGUCGCGGGUGCUAUAGAUCAACCCUGUUCACGUCUCUUGGAGAGUAGCGGCGUUUACUCGACAAGACCGCAAGUUUGCACAUUUUGCUUGGCCAUGCAUAAAAGAUACAAUUUUGAUAUCCCAUACGGAAUCCCGGAUUAUUCAAAUGAAGAGACAAGCUCGUAUAUCUACAGGCCAACGAGUGCAACGUUUAAAUAUGAAUAAUAUUUAAAAUCUUAAAGGCCAAUUAUAAUAGCUGUACAUCUUUUUUGUAAAUAUUCUGUAAGAUUUUUUACUACAUCUUGACAAUGACGUAUUGACAUAUUUGCAUUUAGAAAUAGCGUGUAAAAUAUGUAAUUAAUUUUUGCUUAUUAUCACUACCUUAUGUAUUGACAACUUCUAGAUCAAUGUUCUGAUUUUGCUGAAUAAUACAAUUUUUAUAAUACAAAUAUUCUAUCUC